AUGAAUUUUGCAAACAGGAGGGUCUUGAGAUCCGCUCUGAACUUCGUAAGUGAUGGAGAAGUAGUCAGAAAAGGAGAUAGAGAGUUCCAGAGAAAAUGGCCAGAAAAAGCAAAAGCAGAUUUAGCAAAAGAGUGUUUAACACGAGUUAAGAAAAAAUGGGUCUUGAGCAUGGUCUUGAGAUCUGCUCUGAACUUCGCAAGUGAUGGAGAAGUAGUCAGAGAAGUAGCCAGUGCAAGAGAACAAGAUAUGGAGAUAUAUGAGAAAAGAAAGAGGCACGAGCAACUAGACAAGCAGCAGAGUUAUAAGCUUUACGUAAAGGAUAGAGUAUAG